GUGAUCAAAGAAGGCCAGUCUGGCAUCAUCCAGAGAAUCCAACGCGAGGAUCUGCUGGUUGAUUCUUUUGUGCCCAUACAACAAUCAACGGUCCAGAUUUCUCUGUGACCUUAUAUUGUCGUUUGCUACAGAGAUUCAGAAAAAAGAAUGUGACAAGGAGAGUUUUAGAGAGAGAAAGAGAGAGAGAGGGUCUCUCAUUCUCCUCCACCACUGCCACUGCUCUUUCUCAUAGAGCCCAACACCGAAGCCGUAGACCGCUAAACGCUGAAGUCAGACCCUUCCCUUUUCUCAUUGCUGGCGCUAGCUUCCUAAUUUGUCUAGAAGGAGAAAUUUCGUUUUGGAGAUAGAAAAGAAAAAGUCAUUUGUUGGAUACCCGCAUUUUUGUCGGGACUGUAGAUCCUAUAUAUAAACAUGGUUGCUCAGGAGUUUACCGUUGAUUUGAAUAAACCUCUUGUAUUUCAGGUUGGUCAUCUUGGAGAUGCUUAUCAAGAAUGGGUGCACCAGCCUAUUCCGACCAAGGAAGGUCCUCGGUUUUUCGAAAGUGAUUUCUGGGAGUUCUUGACAAAGACGGCCUGGUGGGUAAUUCCUCUUAUCUGGCUCCCAGUUGUCUGCUAUUUCAUCUCCAAAUCCGUACUAAUGGGCCACACAUUUCCUGAGAUAGCUCUCAUGGUGGGAUUAGGUAUAUUCAUAUGGACGUUGCUUGAAUACACAUUGCAUCGUUUCCUUUUCCACAUCGAAACAAAGAGCUACUGGGGAAACACUGUACAUUAUCUUCUCCAUGGCUGUCAUCAUAAGCAUCCCAUGGAUGGGUUGCGUCUUGUUUUUCCUCCAGCUGCGACUGCUGUUCUGUUGACGCCAUUCUGGAACAUGGUUAAGCUUUUUGCUACACCUUCUACUACUCCUGCUUUGUUUGGUGGUGGUUUAUUGGGUUAUGUGAUUUAUGAUGUUACCCAUUACUACCUUCACCAUGGCCAGCCAUCAAAGGACUCGCUUCGACAUCUUAAGAAAUACCACUUGAAUCAUCACUUCCGUAUUCAGAACAAGGGUUUCGGCAUAACUUCAUCUGUAUGGGACAGAGUGUUUGGAACACUUCCAAAGACAAAAGCAGCUGAGAAAAGUAGAUAAAAAAUAAUUUCAUUGGCAAGGAGAAUAGCAUCUCUCUCAUAAUUGAUGGUUAUUAUGCUUAUUUUCCUUCAUAAACAUUCUUUAUUCUAUUAUGCUAUGAUCUUUUCUUUUUUUUUUUUCUCUUCUAGUUUAAGAUGGUGAAUUCGGGAUUGUCUUUUUAUGGAUAUGUUGGUGGUGAAGUUUCAAUUUUGUCUCUUUGUUCUAGAAGGUCAAAUGUAUGUAUAAAUCAGUUACAUUUUCUUAGCUAUUGCUUUGUUUAUGGAGGAAAAUUCUCUUUACUUGGCUAUGUAUAUUUUCUGUCAAACUUGGUCCCUUUGUACUUUGUCUCUUCAAUUAUUUGGACUUUGUUUUGUA